AACUGUCAAAUUCGCUUUGGUCCAACUUCGGUCCUCGAUGGGAAUUUUGUUAAUUUUGCGGUAAAUAUGAUGUAAAAACAAGAAGAAAAACAGUCGUAAUACAACAUUAAAUUGCCUGUGGUAGUGUUUGUGAUAAAGUUUUGGAAAAUGGAAUUUCUAUCGGAGAUUAUUGGGGAGGCCGUUGUUUUGAGUAUAGAUACGCUUAUUUUGGGCUUCUGUGUGAAACAGCUGAGCAAAUGUAAACAUAUCCUGAACGCCUUGCAGAAUGCACCAGUAUUAGAUUUGGAUGCAUCACUUGGUAAGGAGCUGAACCGUCACCCGAACAACACCAUCCCUUAUGUGGUCAUCCGUGGCAUCGUCAAGCCCCUGGGCAAUCCCAUCCACAGCAACUACAACAAUACUGUCACCGGAGUUAUUCAGAGGCUAACCAUCAAGGAGCAUGUGAUCGCGCGAACAUCCGCCGGGUUCUGGUCCGAUCAGACGCGGACCAUACAUGAAGUAUGCAACGCGACGCCGUUUGUGCUCACCGCCGGGCGACACAGCGUUGAGGUGGUCGAUGCGCUCGCUGCGGAACUACUUGAUAUGGACGUGGUCUCGGACAAGUUUGAGCCGAUGUCGCCGGGCGUGAUCGACCACGUGUGGGGCUUCUUCUCGGGCGUGCGGCAGCGCGGCCUGCAGAACAUGGAGGAGAUGCUCCGGGACGGCUCCUACAUCACCGCUAUAGGGGAACUUAGCAGGACCCACUCCGGCACGCUGAAGAUACAGCCUCCCAAAGACGGGUUGCCACUGUAUCUGACCACAGCCACCAAGUCCAGCUUGCUGAAACGACUCGCCAGCUCCCGAGACUUCCUUAGAAUCCUGCUAGUAGUGUUCGGCACGGUGGCGCUGGCGGCGUCGGGGCGUGUGGCGUACAAGUACCUGAAGCGGCGCCGGCGCCGCGAGACGGAGGACAACAUGAAGAAGCAGCUGGCGGCCGGCCGGCGCGAACGACGCGCGCAUGCGCGGGAGAAGAACCUCAGCGACGUGCAGCUCUGCGUCGUCUGCACGGAGAACCCUAAAGAAGUAAUAUUGAUGCCGUGCGGUCACGUGUGUCUGUGUGAAGACUGCUCGGACUACAUCCGGGACCAGUGUCCGAUAUGCCGCGAGAGGAUAGAGUCCAGAGCACCCGCGUUUAUAACGUAGAUUGUAUCACUAGCCGCGACUGUACAGUAUGUAGUUUUAUUUCUAACAAAGACAAGAAUGGGAAUCAUUCGGAAGUAAACACGGACAUUGGUAGCUACUCUGACAUAUACAAAACAUUAUAUAAACAGCCUAUAUACGUCCCACUGCUGGCCACAGGCUUUCCCUUAAUCAACCGGAGGGAGUAUGGAGCAUACUCCACGCUGCUCCACUGCGGGUCAGGUGAUUCAAGCCUGCAAAGUCCUUAACAAAAAAAGGACAGUCUCACAAAGUGAUCUCGACAAAACUUAACCAGCCUAUAAUACGGUCCAUAGCUAGGCGCAGGCCUCCCCUAAAAGAUCCAGAGGUGGUAUGGUAUGGAUCCUCCCCCUAGCUAACAAAAACUAAUUUGAUUUGACAGUUCUAAAACUAGCUCUUUCUUUCAUGUGAUUAUCGUAACUGAAGGACAGUAUUUUUAGAACUGUCAAAUCAAAUUCGUUUUUUACACGUCAGAGUUACAGUUUUUAGUUUUUUGUACGUCAGAAUGGGUACCAGUGACAGUUAGAAACUAGCCAUAGACAAAAUCUUGUAAGGAAAAUAUCUAUGGUACCAAACAAAAUAUUCGUCUAUGGUUGCGUAAAUACCCGCUUUUAGUCCCAAACUGUUCGCAGUGUAAUUACUAAUUACUUUGUUGACAAAGAGUACGAUUAUGUCUAUCAGCUAGUUUGCAGGGAAUCGUGUCUUUAAAUGUAAAUACGUACAAAAUCAUAAUAAUUAAGUUUAAGUUUAUCACGGUGCGAGAUAUAGGAGACACGAUGACCCGCCAGCUGUUUUUGAGGUUUUAAAUACCUUAGUUUCGCUUUUAUUUCACGGUGACUUGCUUAAUUUAAUGCAUUUAUUUCUAUGUCUAUAACUAAAUCUACGUCUUACGACGUCGUCAUCUAGUUUAGAUGUAUAUAUAUAGUGUGGUGGACUUGAAUGCUGACUGUACAGUAUUAACCUGACAUAAAUCCUCACGAGCAGUAAAUAAAUAUGAUUUUUCUUCAUGCUUUCCUACAAGUACUAUCAUCUGCAAGAUAUACUUUUUAUCUCUCUCUCUCUCUGUUACAUUAUUCGAUGGUGGGGUCUUCUUUUCGCCCCUAUCUGUAAACUAUUUUUCAAAAAGGAGCGAGUGAAGCAAAAAACAUAUUUCUUCUAGUUUACAAAUGAAUUUUCACAACGCUGACAGACAUAAUCUAAAUCCUAUUGAAAUAUUUUUUUAGAUAUUAAUUUAUUUUUGUUUGAAGUUGAAUGGUAAACAAUGUACUUAUUUUUCGCCAAAUAAUUACAUUAUGUAACUUUUGAUUUGCGCCAAUGUUAAUAGCCUCGCACGAGUGGUUUAUAGGUAAAAUAAAGAAUUUAUUAGAAUUA